CCUUCAACUUCCAAGUAUAAAACAAACAACCAAAACUCAAUCAGACAAAAACAUUAAAACACAAAAAAUGUCCAACCCCAUUGGUCUCAUCCUCUUUUCUCUAUCACUCAUCAUCACCAUUGUUACAUCUCAAGAAAGAGCACCUCAUGGACUUGUUUACCAAAACCCAAAAGCCUUUUCACCAUCAGCCUAUGAAUUCUUUCAUCCAAAUUCACAAAACCAUAAUGAUAAUGAUCCAUGCACUUCAUCUAAAUGUUCACCUUUUCCUUUAGCAGUUGAAGCAACUCAAAUUCAUGAAAGCAAAGACUCAAAAUCAAACAAAGGUGGUAGAAAAUUGGGAGCUGGGGGCAUUAUUGGAAUUAUCUUUGGUGUUGGAUUUGUUGUGGUUUUAGCUAUGAGUGUGUAUCAUGUUAGAGUUACUCGUAAAGCUAACAUGAUUAGAGCUAAAGCUAAUAGUGUUCAACCAGAAGUUUGAUGUGCAUUAAUUGGCUUAUAUAUAGUUAUUUAAUUUCGAAACCUUGUGGUACAUAAUUAAUUUGUUGUCCCUUUAAUUUUAUUUCUCUAGUAUCUUACAUUAUUGUAGUUUUGUGUUUAAUUUGAUUUUGGUUAACAUAUGUAUUGUUAUGAUAGUGAUUAGUUUCAAAUUUAGAUCUUGUGUAACAA